AUGACCAUCCCACCCGCAUCUUUGCCCUCCCCCAUCUUGAUUACUGUCUUCACUGGCUUCCUCGGCACAGGCAAAACGUCGAUCAUCCUCUCGUUGUUGCCACAGCUGCCCCCGGACUACUGCAUUGUGCUGCUCAAGAAUGAGUUUGGUGUUGUUGAGGUGGACAGCCAGCUGGUGAAGCAAUCGAGCCUGGUGGCAGUGAGCGAGAUCCUGAAUGGAUGCAUGUGCUGCAUUCUGGUCGGGCAGAUGAAGACGGCAUUGCUGGAGAUACUGAAGAAGUACCGUUCGGACAGGAUCAUCAUCGAAUGCUCAUCAGUGACCUCCUUCCCUGCAAUGCUCACUUUUCAGAUUUGUGAGCUUGAAUGUGAGAUGGGCGGGAAGUUGAAGCUGGACGUGAUCGUGACUGUCAUUGACGUGAAGAACUUUGUAGGAUAUGAGGACUCGUCACCCACCACGCAGAUGCAAGCCAGCUACACGGACAUCAUCCUCAUUAACAAAUCAGAGCACAUCUCAGAGCGCACGCUGGACAUCCUCGUCGAUCAUCUGAACACGCUUAACGACCUGACACUGAAGGGCGUCAACCCUAGGCUGAUCUUCGGGCUGGACUCGAAGCUGUUCCUCAGAAGUGCAAACAUGGAGAGCGUGGAGGUGCCGCAUCAUGAGGAGGUCAAAACAGUCACUGUGUACGCUGGCUCGGGCAAUGUACAUACGCACGUGCACAGCACGGGCUGUGGUUGCAUGGGCGAUCACGAGGAGAUGCAUCCCACUUCAGAGCCAGUUGACAAAGCAUGGCUAGAGGAAGCGCUCAGCAGCCUGUCGAAGGAGAUGGUAUGGUGGGUGAAUGGAUUCGUGCGGCUCUCUCAGGGACCGUGGAUAGUAAAUUGGGCAUUUGGGUGGUACGACGUGCUUGAGACAGGCACGGGUGGGCUGAAGGAUGGUGAUGGGCUGCUGGUGACAGUUAUAGGUGAGCACGGAGACAUGAGGUGGGCUGCGUAG